AUGAACCACUACCCUCCCCGUGUCAUGGGAGGCCCCCAAGGCAACGAGCCAGCCCAACGCCUCAAUCAGCUGCUCGACAACAUCAAGACCGAGUUUGAAACCGAGUCGCAGCGUAGCAUCGAUGCCGAAGGCCAAAUUUCCCGCCACAUUCAGGAGAUUGAGUUGAUCCGCGGCAAGGUCUACUCGCUCGAACAAUCACACAACCAGAUGAAAGCAAAAUACGAGGAGCGCAUCGCCCAGCUCGAGCGCGAACUUGAAGCUCGCGGCGGCCCCAGUCAGAGCUCGCAGCACCACGGCCCCUCGCAGCCUCAGCCACCUCAGAUUGGCCAUGGACCUAGUAACCUGUUCGGCGGCAUAAUGGCAGGCAGUGCUGCCCAAGGUGGCCCGGGACUGGCACCUCCCCCACAGGAGCCGCCCCAGGGCCAUGGCAUGCCGCCGCAACUGGGAGGUCCCCAAGGCCCACCCGGACUCAACCCUGCUCCUGGCCCACCACAGCACUUUGGCGGCUACCAGCAAGGUCCAUCUGUAAAUGGUUAUGGUCAGCCUCCACAGCCCACUGCCUCCCCUGGUGCUAAGCGUCCAGGUCCUGCUCGUGGUCCUCCCAACGGUCCUCCCAACCCCGCGACUCCCCAGCAGAACAACCCUGCUCCGUAUCCCGGAUCGCCUCAAGUCCCGCGACCAACUCCUCCCCCCAACCAUCAUCAGCAGCCGAAUGCUUUGAUGGCGCCCAACCACAUUCCUCUCAGCCAGAGCAACGUCUUGGCCGACCUAGAUAUCGAGCAGUUGCCAGAGAACCUGAAGAAGGAGGGCAGCGAUUGGUUUGCUGUCUUCAACCCUCGCUCCAGGCGCGUGCUUGAUGUCGACUUGAUCCACAACUUGCCACAUCAGAGCGUGGUUUGCUGUGUACGCUUCAGUUUGGAUGGUAGGUGGGUUGCGACUGGUUGCAACCGCUCGGCCCAGAUUUUCGAUGUCGAGACUGGUAACCCUGUCGCGCAUCUUCAGGACGGAAGCCUUCCCGAGGAUGGCGAUUUGUACAUCAGGAGUGUUUGCUUCAGUCCUAACGGGCAAUACCUCGCAACCGGUGCUGAGGACAAGGUCAUCAGGGUUUGGGACAUCGCUAGCCGCACCAUUAAGCACCAAUUCACUGGACACGAGCAGGACAUCUACUCGCUGGACUUUGCCAGGAACGGCAAGAUCAUUGCAUCUGGUAGUGGUGAUAGGAGUGUCCGUCUUUGGGAUCUGGAGUCCAACAUGCAAGUCUCCAACUUCUCCAUUGAGGACGGUGUCACCACUGUGGCGAUCUCUCCAGACAACCUCUACGUUGCAGCCGGAUCGCUCGACAAGAGCGUCCGCGUCUGGGACAUUCAGACUGGACAGCUUGUUGUACGCCUCGAAGGCGAGCACGGCCACAAGGACAGUGUCUAUAGUGUGGCUUUCGCUCCUUCCGGAAACCGUCUUGUCAGUGGCAGUCUGGACAAGACAAUCAAGAUGUGGGAGUUGUCAACCAACAACCGCUUUGUCCCAGGCGGGCACCAGCCAAGCGGCAAGUGCAUCCGCACUUUUGAGGGUCACAAGGACUUUGUUCUCAGUGUUGCGCUUACCCCACAUGGUGACUGGGUACUGAGUGGUUCCAAAGACCGUGGUGUCCAGUUCUGGGACCCUCACACUGGUGUCGCGCAACUCAUGUUGCAAGGACACAAGAACUCAGUCAUCUCUGUAGCCCCUAGCCCCACAGGAGGCGUUUUCGCUACCGGCAGUGGUGACAUGCGUGCGCGUAUCUGGAGAUUCGACAGAUAUCCCGGACCUUAG